AAUUGAACAUCAAUGAUGAAUCAUGAACCCACUACAUGCGCAGUAUGUCUUUUCCAGCUUAGCUUCAGACAGAACUUCCACCGCAACAACCCAUUCACCUGUUUCUCUCUGUCUCUUCCUUUUUCCUUCUGUCAUAACACCAAAAUCCAACCGCGAAAAACCAAAGCCAAAGCCAUGUCAGACGACGAAGGAGGAGGAGAAGAGUACCUUUUCAAGAUAGUAAUAAUUGGAGACUCAGCAGUUGGCAAAUCCAACCUCCUUUCACGCUAUGCUCGAAAUGAAUUCAACCCACAUUCCAAAGCCACCAUAGGAGUUGAGUUUCAGACCCAAAGCAUGGAAAUCGAUGGUAAGGAAGUUAAAGCUCAGAUUUGGGAUACCGCUGGUCAAGAAAGGUUUCGUGCUGUCACUUCUGCUUAUUACAGAGGCGCUGUUGGUGCUCUUAUUGUUUAUGAUAUUAGCAGAAGAACUACCUUUGAUAGUGUCGGUCGUUGGCUUGAUGAACUCAAGACUCAUUCCGAUACGACAGUAGCAAGGAUGCUGGUUGGCAACAAAUGCGACUUGGAAACUAUCAGGGAUGUGAGUGUUGAAGAAGGCAAAAGCCUCGCUGAAGCAGAAGGGUUGUUCUUCAUGGAGACAUCUGCUUUAGAUUCAACAAAUGUCAAGAAGGCAUUCGAGAUCGUUAUACAAGAGAUUUACUACAAUGUCAGCAGGAAGGUCUUGAACUCAGACACUUACAAAGCUGAAUUAACUGUCAAUCGGGUAACCCUUACUAAAAGUGAAACCGAUGAAUCGAAGCAAACCCAAACUUUUUCUUGCUGUUCCAGGUGAUCUCGUUCGUUCAGAAAGUGUACCAGUUGAGGCCUUCCCAUGGUUUGUCAAAUUCAAUUUGUUUGGUUGAAAUGUUUGUUUUCUUGUUUUCUCAAUGGAUAUGUGUUCAGGGAUUCUUUUAUUACUGAAUAAUAUCAUAUUAUAUAGUUUAAAUUAUGGUUAAAGAAUUGCUUAAGGAUAUGAAGCUGCACCUGCCAUCUUAUUUCACAUUGUAAUACUAUCUAUUUUGAAUUCCAUAGCUAUCUGAUUCAUUAU